AUGGGGUGUCUACUUCAGAAACCCAGUUCGGAUUUAAUGAUUUACGUUCAGACUGGUGACAGACGAAAUGCGGGGACUGAUGCCAAUGUACGCAUUGUUAUGCACGAUGAAUAUGGAAACGCAUCGGCACCGAUAACACUAGAUAAUUACUUCAAGAACGACUUGGAGCGGGGAUGUUUGGACACAUUUCACGUGCCGACAAACAAAAUUAAGAAUCUGCCUAGGAUGGGGAAAAUUGCCAGAAUCGAGAUCUGGAAAGACGACGCCUGGGCGGCCAGUGAUUGGUAUGUGGACAAAAUUGUUAUUGAGAAUCGUGUGACUAACAGUACUUUCGUGUUUCCGAUUUUCCGUUGGAUUAAGGCAAAAUAUCAUUACCAGAUCAAACACUUGGAUACCUCUUUGCCGCAGUUUGAGGAGUACCCGGAGCAGAGGAGGAUGGAGUUGGAGCAGAAAAGACAGGCGUAUGAGUUUGAUCAGAAGGUUCCAGAUGGUCCAGCACAGGUAAAGAAUAUGCCUUCAGAUGAACAGUUCUCCUUCGACUACAAGUGGGACAUUGUGAAGAGCAAGGUCACUAUGAUAGCCGUCAGUAAACUGGUCACUCUGACAUCUGGAAACUGGGACAGUAUGGCCGCCCUGACCAAUGUCUACACAGAGAAGAUCUUCAACAAGCCAAAAGGCGCCGAUAGGUGGAGCAACGAUCUCUACUUUGGUCUGCAGCGCGUGGCCAGCCUCAACCACUCAAUGAUAACUCUCGUCACAGCCAUUCCCGACAA